AUGGAUUUUGGUAUUUUAGGAAUGAAAAUUGUCCGUGGAAUUAAUCUUAAAGGUGGACAUGAAUUUAUAUCGAAAAUCUUAUUCAGACAACCCAUUGAAAAAAAUGGCUCAUUUAAAUGGGAUUGCAUGGGUUUGACAAACGAUGACGAUGUGAAUAUUAUGUUUAAUUACAUUGAUGAAAUUGGAGCAAUCAAGUGUACGGAUGAUUUUGAAUCGCUUAGCAAUGAUUAUUGUCCUGAUGAUGAUGAGGAUGAUGCGGAGUCUGAUGAAGAAUGGAUUGAUAGUGAUGACUGGGACAUGAAUGAGGAUAGUGGUAAUCAUAAUGAGUUAGUAGUAGAUUUGCCUUUUUACUAUAAUACUCAUGUUGCAAACCCAAUAAUGCCGCUUGUCCCUCCUCCGCCUUAUAGUGAAAUAGAUUUUUCAUUGCUAACGGUUGAUCCAUGGUCAACACCACAGUGUAGUUCAAUGUGGGAUCCAUUAAAAGAGUUUGAAUUAGGAAUGAUAUUCUCAUCUAGAGAGGAUGUCCAAAAAGCUGCCAAAGAAUAUCAUUUACAUAGGCACCAUGAGUUUUGUAAUGAGGAGACAAAGAGUAGAACAUAUGCCAUCAGGUGCAAAGACACAACGAGCAAUUGUAAGUGGAGAUUGCGUGCCUCACGAGGGAAAGGAAGUGAUAUAUGGAAAAUUACGCGAUAUAAUGGACCACAUACAUGUGUUAAUCCAUCACUGUCACAAGAUCAUAAGCAAUUGGAUAGCAAAUUUAUAUCUGAUUUCAUUCUCGCCAUUGUACGUGAACAACCCAAUGUGAAGAUAGGAGCGUUACAGUCUGAAAUAAAAGAUAAGAUUGGAUAUAUGCCAAGUUAUCGAAAGACCUGGAAGGCUAGGCACGAUGCAAUUAUUAAGAUCUUUGGUGAUUGGGACGAAUCUUACGGAAGGUUGCGACAAUAUAUGCUUGCUUUGUGCAAACAGAACCCUGAAAGUAUGUUCUUGAUUGAAGAUGAUCCUUUUUUUGUUAAUAAUAGAUUAGAUCCUGCUUAUCGGGUUUUCGAUAGAAUGUUUUGGGCAUAUAAACAAACAAUAGAAGGAUUCAAGAACUGUCGACCGGUUAUAUUCAUAGACUCAACUUUUUUAUAUGGAAAGUACAAAGGAUGUUUAUUUUGUGCAACAACACUUGAUGGUAAUAACCAUAUUUUCCCAAUUGCGUGGGCAAUAGUCGACAGUGAAAAUACAAGGAACUGGGAUUGGUUUAUGUCUUGUUUGAGGGUGUUUGUGACAGAUCGUAAUGGAAUAUGUGUUAUAUCAGAUAGACAUAUUGCCAUAAAAAAGGCAAUGAAUCAAGAUUGGUGGCAGCCUCCUGCUGGGCAUCAUCGAUACUGCUUAAGACAUAUCAUCAGCAAUUACAACACAAAGUUUAAGAAUACUAAUAUGAAAGAAGCUCUCCGAAAGGCAGCACAACAAUUGGAAAAAAAAAAUUUUUAUGAGGCCAUGAACACAAUCAAGAAUGAGCAUCCUGAUACAUUUGAAUGGGCUACAAAGAUACCUUUGGAAAAAUGGACACGUUCUCAUGAUGGAGGGAAACGUUAUGGCUCCAUGACAACUAAUACUGUUGAGUCUGUUAAUGGAAUACUCAAAGGGAUCCGUGCUUUACCCAUAACUGCAAUGGUAGAAAAAAUAUUUUUCCAAAGGUGUUGA